AUGGGAUUUCUUACCACACACUACAACAACUAUAAUAAUUCUUAUCCUUCUCAAACUCUUCAAACUAUUGACAACUCCGAAACCAUCACUUUCCAAUAUCAUGAACAACAACAACUAUUUGAACUGUCUCAACAAAACUAUGACUUUUCUUCUUCUUUUCUAGAUGAAAUCUUAUUUUUUCCGAGUCCUUAUUUUUACUCUAACGAGAAUUAUCCUUGUGAAGAUCAACUAAUCAUUGACUCAACUUUUUCUUGUGAUCAAAAUGAUGGUUUUGUUUCAAUGAAUGACAUUUUCCCUAACGAUGAAAAUUUCAACAACUACGUUCUUCCAUGUCCAAAACGACAAAAAAUAGGUUAUGAAGAAGCAAACCAACAAGAGCUUUUGAACUCAUGCAAUUAUUUUGUGGAUGAGUUUAUAGCGAACCCUUUUACUACUUCCUUUGAAGCGGAAGCGUUUUCGGGUUCGAAUAUGGUUGAUGUUAAUGUGCAAUGUGAGAAGAAGGUUAGUGAAAGGAGUAUCUCGACCCAGAGUAUUGCGGCGAGAGAAAGAAGAAGGAAGAUAACUGAGAAGACACAAGAGCUUGGGAAGUUGGUUCCUGGUGGACCUAAGAUGAACACUGCUGAGAUGCUUAAUGCUGCUUCUAAUUAUGUUACGUUUCUUCAAGCUCAAGUUGGAAUGCUUCAACUUAUGGAAACUUUCAGCAAGGAAGAAAAGGAACCUCCUCCUCCAAGUGAAGAACUACACAAACUAGUUGUUUCUCCUUUUGUUCAAGAGAAGUUGUAUUCAGAAGAAAAGUGCUUUAUUUCAAAAGAGAUUGUCACCACAUUGAGCAACAAUGUUGAUGUUAGGUCAAAACCUUCAAUCCUUCAAGGUCUUAAACAACUUGUUGGAGCAGAGAUUAAUCAUGAGAAUGAGGAGAAACCAAAACAAGAAUAA